CGCUGCAUCUAAUAAAACUUUUGAUGGAAAUUUAGAUCAAUUUUAUAAAGGCGUGGAUUCAUUCCGAACCAUAUUCAACAUGUUUCAUCAAUUCCAAGUUUUGGAAGUUUCUGGUAAAUAAAAUGGCAACUAAACUUGAAAUUUUCAAACGGUAACCGGCUCCAAGUGACUGUCAUCUGUGAAAGCAGAGAGGAAAAUGAAAAUCAGGCUCAGUCGUCCGGCAAAAGAUGAUCGGACCCCUCUCUCUCUUCUCCACGCAUGCGCACCAGAGGGUAUGCUCUCCUAAACGUGCAACAGAUUGGCCGAGGUACUCUGACGAAGGAAUAGACCAAAAAGAAAGCUUCGAUUUAAGUCUGCUCGUACUUUUUACACUCCUCAGAAGUCAUCGUCUGUUGCUAGCUGAUGCUUGCUUAAAAUCGUUUGGCUGCAACAAUUAUUGUCUGCUGUCCAGUAAGCGGUAGCAUUCGUCAGCUGUUUUUGAAAAAGAUAACCUUCAGAGAAUCGUCGUGUAUUUGGCAUUCAUAACGUAUUUGACAACAUGGCUGCUUUUUUGGGAUCCUACCAUCAGUCUAUACCAGCUGUAAUUAUAUAGAAACCAGCCACCAUCAUGCCAAGUUUCUUAUUUCCAGUGAACGGUACGGAACUGAGUUUCAAUUUCACCUUCAACUUCAGUUUCGCCCAAGCCCUCGAUGUAUUGGAGGAGCACUUUGCCAACGAUAAGAUUUUUGGCUACAACACCGAAACCAUCAUAGUCACCUGCUAUGCUCUGUUGAUGGUCAUGGGAUUGUUCUGCAAUCUCUUGGUGUGCAGCGUCAUACUGGCAAAUACAAAAAUCAGAUCUUCUCGUAAUUUACUGGUCAUCAACCUCAACAUUUCCGACAUAAUCCUAUGCGUUUUCUGCAUGCCAUUUACGUUGCUGGUGAUCAUAAGAAGAAGCUGGUUCCUGGGCGCCUUCCUUUGCAAGUUGGUUCCUUUCGUGCAGGCCUCCACCAUCUUUGUGUCUGCAGGAACUGUCCUUGCAAUCGCUGUGGAUCGGUACAACACCAUCGUCCACUUCAACCCUCAACAUCCGAAAGGGAGUAAGAAGGAAAUGUUCAUAAAUGCAACCCUUAUUUGGGUAUCUUCUUUCAUUCUGUCCAUUCCUCUUUGCAUUUUCCAAGGCACAGUUCCAGUUGGAUUGCCUGGACUGCACAUAUAUUACAAGUGCGUGGAACUCUGGCCAAGCUCAUUCUUGAAAGGGGUGUACACUGUGAUGAUACUAGUGCUCCAAUUCGCAAUCCCCACCCUGGCGCUUUUGGUGACCCACAUUCAUAUAAGAUCCCACCUGAAUGCUAGAAUAUUCCGAACGGACAGUGUCCAGGGAGAGAGCAAAGGGUACCAGCAGAGUGAAGGUCAAGGAACUUCCAUGAACCACGAGCGUCUGAAGAGAGAUCUCAGGAGGAAUACAAGAGCCACGAUGGUCUUGUUGAACAUUUCCAUCGUUUUCACCAUCAGUUGGUUGCCAUGGAAUAGCCUGAAUCUUCUUGCCGAAUUCCAUCCGAAUGUCAUGAGUCCCAAGGCACUGUAUUUGGCAUUUGCUAUCUGCCACAUGACGGCAAUGACGUCAUCUGUGACAAAUCCUAUAUUGUACGGCUGGCUCAACAGCAACAUACGUCGUGAGAUGGUCCGUAUGAGUUGGGUCAUCGCGAAGGCGGGUUCAGCUUUGGUGUCGAAUCGCAGCACUCAAAGUGACAACCAAGCCAUGCAACAAAACAACACUUUGAUUCGAUCUUCUGGAGGUGAUUCUACUCUUAAUCGUAGCAACAAUCCAGAAAGUCACGUCUAAAUGGACAACACUCGAGUUGCAAGAAUGAGAAAUAUUACCAGAAAUAUAUAAAUAAGAAUUUUUCAUAUUAUUAUA